CUGGCUUUAGCUCUUUUUUAUAAUCAAUCUGGACUAUUUCAGAUUAUAGAUGUUGCUGGGGGUACAGGAGAUAUCGCUUUCCGCUUGCAAAAACGAAUUGCCAAUGGAGGCAAGGUGACCGUUGUGGACAUAAAUCAGAACAUGCUCGAUGUUGGUCAAGAACGUGCACGAAAGGACAGAGGCGUAAUCGCAUCAAAGCUUGAGUGGGUAUGUGCUAAUGCAGAAAAACUACCAUUUGAGGACAACUCUUUUGAUCUCUACACUAUAUCAUUCGGCAUUCGGAAUUGUACUCAUGUUGACCAGGUUGUUGCCGAAGCCUUUCGCGUAUUGAAGCCUGGAGGACGACUAGCUGUGCUGGAAUUUAGUGCCAUCAAUCCUAUGCUUCGACCAAUAUAUGACGCCUAUUCUUUCAAUGUCAUUCCGGUUUUGGGACAAAAAAUUGAGCACAGUGCAUUUCCUCAAGCUACUUUCAAAUAA